CUGUAGUCUGUUUACAGCCUACAAAACUCAAGCGCAAGACUGAAGAGUGCGCGACCUUAUCGCGCCCAAAGAAUCAAUCGCUUUUUUCCGUUUCGUUGUCUCCAUCCAUUGCACUGCACUGCUGGCUGACUGAUUGAUAAUGGAAUCGUAGGGACUAGUCGCAUGACGAUUCUGUUUCGCGCUGGGCUGGGACUCAAUCGGGAACUGAUUGUAACAAACAGCCCCGGAUCAGUCAUUAGAUUGCUGGACGGCGUUCGGUUCGGUCGAGUGUUGUUCGAAACUUACGCGAGCGCGGGUCAGUCCAAAAGAAUAUUCGCUGAAGGCGAGGGUGUUUUGUUUUGCCCUUUUUGGUAUUUUUUUUUCGUUACGAGGGCGUAGGCAAAGUUCUAGCGAUCGAGGGUUUAAAUUUCCGGUUUGAAGCUUUGUCUGAAGAUCGAAACAGUAAAAGUUUUUACCCACUCUUCAAUUUGUGAUGUUUUAACCUUUGUGUGAAUUGAAAACGACUCGAUUUGUGUCAUCUGGUGAAAAAGAAAGUGAUUACUCAUAGUAUAAGCUGAAGUUACUAAAGCCCCCCAAAACAAAAAACAGUGAUGGAUAUUCUGCAGCAGGAAGUGCGGGGCAUAGCCCUGGCAACGAUACACAGCAGCAGUGAGCAGCAACAUGGUCCAGUGUACAACAGCACGACGGUGCCUCUCAACAGAAAAGACUCCCGAAAUCUGGACCACGUGAUCAACAAUACGGGACAUCAUAAUCACAACGGAAACAGCAACAGCAAUGGCACUGGACCCUAUCAGUCCCAUAACGAUAUCGAAAUGUCCCACCAGGUGCGGCCGUUUCAGAAUUUGCCGCCCUGCGAACCGGUAGACAUCCAGUUCAAGGAUGUUUCCUACUGCGUGAGCAUGGGCUUUCGAAAAGGUCAGAAGGAGAUUCUCCACAAAGUGAGUGGGAAAUUCCCCGGAUCACAGCUAAUCGCCAUCAUGGGUCCAUCGGGGGCGGGCAAAUCGACGCUGUUGGAUGUUCUGUCCGGCUACCGGAAGACCGGUGUCGAGGGUGCAGUUUACGUGAAUGGACGCAUCCGGAAUCUGAACAGCUUCCGGCGGAUGACCUGCUACAUUACCCAGGACGAUCGGUUGCAGACUUUGCUCACGGUGCUGGAGAACAUGCGAGCCUCGGCCGAUUUCAAGCUGGGCCCGGAUGUGUCCCGGCACGAGAAGGAAUCGAUUAUCGAAGACAUCCUCACCGUACUCGGCCUGUACGAACACCAGUAUACGCUCACUAGUCGCCUCUCUGGGGGUCAACGGAAGCGCCUCUCGAUCGCCCUGGAGCUGAUCAACAAUCCCACUAUCAUGUUCCUCGAUGAGCCCACCACCGGCCUGGAUAGCUACUCCUGCAACCAGGUUGUAGACCUACUCAAACACCUUGCCAAACAAGGGCGAACGAUCAUCUGCACCAUACAUCAACCUUCGGCCAAGCUGUUCCAGGAGUUCGAUCAGGUGUACGUACUGUCCAGUGGCGAGUGCAUGUACCAGGGAUCGACGGACAAGUUGGUUCCUUUUCUGCAAUCCGUGGAUAUGCCCUGCCCCGUCUACCAUAACCCUGCGGAUUACGUGAUCGAAUUGGCCUGUGCCGAGCAUGGUCCGGAGAAGAUUCAAACUAUGGUCAUGGAGAUGGGUAACGGAGAGAGUACUGACUGGUUUAGUGACAAGCGAAAAGUGUUAAAGCUGGAGCAGCUACGAAAGAAGUAUCCAUUGAAGAAAAUCAUCGAACAGAACGAUGAUCUUCAGACGACCUCGCAGUGGUACCAGCUUGAGGUAUUGAUCAAGCGAGGUAUAAUCAAGGGUAAGAGGGAUGCUACGUUGACGCACCUUCGGAUCGGGGUCAACAUCAGUAUUGCGGUUAUGUUGGGUUUCCUGUUCAUCGAUGCCGGUAACGAAGGUUCUCGGGUGUUAGACAACUACAAUCUGCUGUUUUCGAUCCUGAUGCACCAUAUGAUGGCGACCAUGAUGUUGACUGUGUUGACUUUUCCUACGGAAAUGGGCGUGAUAAUAAAGGAGCAUUUCAAUCGAUGGUACACUCUUAAGAGCUACUUCCUGUCGGUCAAUAUUCUAGAUCUUCCUCUUUCGUUCUUCUGCUGUAUGCUGUUCACGUGUAUCAUCUACUUCAUGAGCGGCCAACCGAUGGAAUGGCAUCGAUUCGGGAUGUUUUUCGCAAUCAGUUUCCUGAUUGUGCUGAUCGCUCAGAGCAUGGGAUUGGCCAUCGGUGCUUGGUUCAAUGUUGUGAAUGGUACGUUCCUUGGCCCGGUGCUGUCUAUCCCGAUGAUGAUGUUCGCUGGUUUCGGUGUAACGCUGCGUGAUCUUCCAAGUUAUCUGAAAUGGGGGGCCCACAUUUCGUAUCUCCGAUAUGGUUUAGAGGGUUACGUCAAUGCCAUCUAUGGAGACAACCGAGCAACGCUUGACUGUGAGCUGAAACCGUACUGCCACUAUAGGUACCCAUCGAAAUUCCUGGCUGAAAUUUCCAUGGAGGGUGACCAGUUCUGGAAGGACGUCUAUGCUCUGUCGAUCACCUUGGUGCUCUUCCGAGUGCUUUGCUAUUUCGCUCUUCGAUGGAAAGUGAUUUCCGUACGAUAAACUCCUUGAAGUUAUUAUAGUUCAAAUUCGGUAAUUCCACAAAAAAAAACAAACGCUUGACCUCUUAUCAGUCAAUGCAACAACCAACACAAAAGUGAUUCCAAGCGUUUUUCCCAAAGCGAACGUAAAAUAUUAAGCUGUAGUCUUAUAAAAUACAGCCACCAAUGUAUACCACAAGCAACUAGUAGUGAGCUAGGAUUUCUAGAUUGUUUCCGAUGAUCGAAAAGACUUGUUUUUUUUUUAUAUAAAUAAGUACUAUAACGUUAAUGGUAGUUAGGUGCACAAUCGAGAUGAUAUUUGCCAUAGGCAACGGAUUUAUGAGAACAACAACAAACCUUUACUAUAGUGCUAGUGAUAGUUUCUAAGGCAAACUUAAAAGAAAUAUGCCAAAUUUUUUGCCAUGUACUACAACUUAUUAUGGUUUUGUAUUGAUUUUUUUUUCUUAUUUCACACUGUACAUAAAUACACCUUAACAUAGUCUAAUGGCCAAAACAGGUUCAAUGAAAACGUGUCAACAAGUUAGUGAUAUUUAUUUGUUUUGAACAAAUCAAACGUAGCCAUUAAUGUAGCCUACAUUGCCAACUGGAGAUAUAACAAUUCAAAAUCCAUUUCAAAUAAA